UGAAAAAAAAGUAGAAGGCAGCACAACACAACACAGCUGUUAGAAACAAAGCAAAGUAGUAGUAAUUUUCAAUUUCGGGUCAUCGUUGGUUGGCACUUCAUUUUCCUUGUUACCGAAGCAAACAACAGUCGUCGUCGUUGUUAUUGUUUGUUUCUUCUUCAAUCGUUUUCAUCAUUUAUUAUAUUCGAUCUUCUCGGAUCUGAUUCUGGCUAGGGUUUAGGGUUGAGAGAAUGGGGGUACUGCUUCCGCUUUUCUUCUAUGUUAUCGCUUUCUUUUGCACCGUCGGUGCAAUCGCUUUGGCUAUUCUUCAUAUUUACAGACACCUUCUCAAUUAUACUGAACCUACUUAUCAACGCUUCAUUGUUCGCAUCGUUUUCAUGGUUCCGGUUUAUGCACUCAUGUCUUUCUUGUCCCUUGUUUUACCGCGGCUUUCAAUCUACUUUAAUUCAAUCCGUGAAGUCUAUGAAGCUUGGGUCAUUUACAAUUUCCUGUCACUUUGUCUAGCAUGGGUUGGUGGUCCUGGAUCAGUUGUUAUAAGUUUGAGUGGUCGGGUUCUGAAGCCAUCAGUCUGUCUGAUGACUUGUUGCUUUCCUCCUAUACCUUUGGAUGGGCGUUUCAUACGUAAGUGCAAGCAAGGGUGUUUGCAGUUUGUGAUUUUGAAGCCCAUUUUAGUUGUUGUCACACUUAUUCUUUACGCUAAGGGGAAAUACAAGGAUGGGAAUUUCAAUCCAAAGCAGUCAUACUUGUAUCUCACAAUCAUCUAUACAUUCUCAUAUACAAUGGCUCUCUAUGCUCUUGCAUUGUUUUAUGUGGCAUGCAAGGAUCUACUUCAGCCAUUCAAUCCAGUCCCAAAGUUUAUUAUCAUAAAGUCUGUUGUAUUCCUUACUUAUUGGCAGGGGGUGCUGUUCUUUCUUGCUGCAAAGUCAGGAUUCAUCCAGGAUGCUGACGAAGCUGCUUUACUUCAAAAUUUUAUCAUUUGUGUUGAGAUGCUUAUUGCUGCUGUGGGCCACUUUUAUGCAUUUCCAUACAAAGAAUAUGCUGGAGCUAAUAUAGGUGGAUCCCGUGGUUUGACCGCUAGCCUUGGGCAUGCUUUGAAGUUGAAUGACUUUUACCAUGAUACAGUCCACCAGUUCGCACCAACGUAUCAUGAUUAUGUUCUUUACAACCACAGUGAAGGGGAAGAAGGAACAAGGAAGUACAGGUCACGAACGUUUGUUCCGAUUGGGCCAGAGAUGGAUAAUGUUAGAAAAAAUAAGCAUAUAACUGGAAACAAGGUAGAUGACAUACAACUAACAAGCUUCUCUUCUGAUAGUAGUACUCCCUCAAAUUCUGGUUCAUUGCCUGAUGCUUCAAACUCUGAUGCAAUCAAAUCUUCCUUGCUUGUGGAUGUCUCCACUUCUGCGUCCAUACCAUAUGAUUUGACGCUUAUUGACUUAGAUGUAUCCAGUUACCCAGAAGAAGUUCCUGCAGCUGAUAAAGCUGGUCUUAGGUGAUCGAUAAGGAACAUUGAGAGCUAUGUUGGUUGAGUGAAUGUUAUUGCUAUAGAGAGGAUACGGGCAUCUAACAGUUUUUCUUUUGGCUCGGAGAGAACUAUGAUCCAAGUGUGGUUUCUUACAUUCCAGGAAAGGAUUUAAGCAGGUCGUGUGCGAGCAUACGUUUGUGUCAAUCUAUCUUAAAAACCCCGUUGUCAGCCUACAGUCCCAAGCAAACAAAACAGUCCAUGUUAUUCGUCUUGGUCUUCAUAUUGUAAUUGUCUCCGUUGGUUGUGUCCUAUCACCUAUGUGCAAUUGUAGAUACAAAACUUGUUUGCUGACAUACAAGAGUUCAAACACGACUGAUACCCAAGAAAUUUGACUUAGAAUUUAAUUAUUGAUUCUUUUCUUCCAUGCA